UGUGGGCUGCACAGCAUUCCGGCGACAGAGAUCUAGGCCAGUACAGCCAUAGUGGCCAGAUACAGUCGACAGACAUUGGCCUCGCUCAAGUCGUUAACAACGAGCUCUAGUUAAUGUGAUACCCAGAACUACAAGAUGGCUGGCUGUGAAAACAAAUCUCUGAAAGACAAAGUGGGGGACAUCAUCCACCAAGGCGUGGUGGGAUUUUCUCUAUCAAUGGCUUACGAGUUGGGGAUUUUGGAGGUUCUUGUUCUAACGGACACGCCAAUGACGUCACAGGAAGUUGCGGAUGCAAAGCAACUGAAAGAGAGGUAUGUGAGAGAACUCCUGAAGAGCCUGUCGUGUGCGAACAUUGUCGAGGUGGAGCGGGUUGGCGAUGUUUACUACUACACCAUUGAUAAGGAGAAGGGUUCCAUUUUUAUUGGCGACAGCAUGCCGUAUCUUGGUUUCCUAGCGUCCCUCUCUGUACGAUAUGAGCCAAUGAUGAAGUGUAUAAAGAAAGACGGGCCAUACGGGUUGCCGUACAACGAGACACUGACCUCAAUGAUGACCGUGAACCAGGUCAGCUCGGCUCGGUCAAGUAUAGAGAUCAGCAUCAUGCUGGACAACGUCCCGGGGCUGAAGGAGAAGCUGGAGACGGGCAUCAACGUGAUUGAGCUAGGCAGUGGAAUGGGUUCGUUGAUCUCGAGGAUGGCACAACUGUUCCCUGCAAGCAAUUUUACUGCGUCUGAGUAUUCCUCUUUAAAUCUGGAAAAGGGGAGAGAAGCCCUGUCAUCUUUAAACCUAACAAAUUUAACGAUGAUCCAACUUGACGCCUUAAACAUCCCAGAAGACAUGUAUGGGAAAUACGAUUUUGCGAUGACCAAUGACGUCAUCCAUGAUCUACCCGACCCCCAGCGAGGUCUGGAACAAAUCCGCCGGUUGCUCCGCCCCGGAUGUUAUUACGCAAUGAUUGAAAUAGGCCUGGAAGAUGACGUCAUACAAAACAUAAAGACGCCCGGAGCUGACAUGGUCUAUACCAUCAGCGCCUUCCACUGUGUCCCCCAGGCUUACCAGGAUUCGAACUCUGUCGCUUUGGGUGCUGGCUGGGGGAAGGGUACAGCCAUUCGCUAUUCGGAAAAUGCUGGGUACAAAGUUGUGAGCCAGCACCAGCACUUAGAUAUAUUUGUCGUGUUUGUCUUGCAAGUUAUUUAAAAACUAAUAUUAUAAUGAGUUUGCUCAUCAGGAUUUAAAGGUCAUCUAUGAUGAAAACGUUGUUUUCUCUUUUAAAAAAAAUCUUUCCACCCUCUUGGUUCACUAAAAGUUAGACCCCCUACAUCGGUAUUAGCUCCCCCCCCCCCUCCUCAACAUAUUAACAUUUUUUAAACAUACAUUUCUUUGACAUUCUUUGCAGAUCCUGUCAAAAUUACUUGCAUUUGUCAACUUAAAAAAAAAUUAGAAUUUACAUAAGAAUGAGAUAACUGCUAAAAUUCGGUCUAGAAAGCACUAUUUGAAAAUGCAAGAACUAAAAUUACCUGCACCCUUUGUACCUAGUCCCAAAAGUCCCAAUCUCUCAAGUGUGACGUCAUUUAUGCGCGACCUCUAAGGGAUCAUCCAUAAAUGACGUCACGCUUUUUGGACGAUUUUUACCUCCCCCCCCCCUCCCCUCCGUCACAUAUCGUCACAAAAAAGCCAGACCCCCCGCCCCCUAAAAUGACGUAACACCUCGGCCUACAACCCCCUCAAAAUUGCAGUUUAAUUUUUCUUAAAACAUCGAAAUUUUUUCCAAAAUUUAGUCUGAACUCUCUCAACAUAGAGUAUUUUAAUCAAUUUCUAUCACAAUUUAUUAAAACAGUUUUCUAAAUCGCGAAAUAACUGCUAAAAUUGGUUUUCUAACAUUACUCAUCACACACCGUCACAAAAUUACGGACCCCCUCCCCCCUACGAGUGUGCCGUCAUUUAUACGCGACCUCUAAGAUGUAGCUGUCACGAAACAUGCAACGAAAUACACUAAUGUGUCGGUAUUCAGUAGAGGAACAAGUCGGUGGUGAGCAGACGGUUUCGGGAGAAGGUUG